ACAAAGCAAACUCAACCAACCAUAUCCUCAUUAGCCUUCCUGGAUCCCCAGAAACUACAUAAAUCUUAUUGAAGGUUAAUAGUAAAAGGAACAAGGAGAAUCCUUAAGAGUAUAAACCUCAAUGCAGUUUAUGUGUUAUGUGGUCUUCAUUUUAGUACUCAGUUGAGAGCUUUAGUUUCAUUUCUUUGGACAAAAAUCAAUACACUGAAAACUUGAUGGUGGUCCUAAGCCUUCAAGUUGUCCAGUUUAGGCCUUCUCCUCCUCAACAUUUUCCAUUGCAUAGCCAUAGAGCAAGCAAAGGAAAUAUUAUUCGAUGUGGGAUUGCAGAGCCAUCAGGAGAGCCAGCUCCUUUAGGACAAAAAACAAAGUAUAAUGAUGGGUUUUUUGAGAGGGCAUUCAUGACACUCUUUGCUAGGAAGAUGGAGAAGUUCGCAGCUCCUGCAAAAGCUGGGACAGAAACUAAGAAGAAUGGGUGGUGGGAUCAUGAUUAUGAGAGUUUUGUGGAAGUGUCUAAGAGAGUAAUGCAAGGAAGGUCUCGCAUGCAGCAACAGCAAGUGGUUCGUGAGGUGCUCUUGUCUAUGCUCCCUCCAGGUGCGCCUGCUCAGUUCAAGAAUUUAUUUCCUCCAACAAAGUGGGCUGCAGAAUUCAAUGCAGCAUUGACAGUGCCCUUCUUCCAGUGGUUAGUUGGGCCAUCUGAGGUUGUGGAAGUAGAGGUAGAUGGGGUGAAGCAACAGAGUGGAGUUCUUAUAAAGAAGUGCAGGUAUCUGGAGAACAGCGGGUGUGUAGGAAUGUGCGUGAACAUGUGCAAGUUUCCUACUCAAGAUUUCUUCACCAAUGAAUUUGGGCUUCCAUUAACCAUGAUACCAAAUUUUGAAGAUAUGAGUUGCGAAAUGGUGUACGGCCAAGUUCCACCCCCAUUUGAAGAGGAUCCUGUGUCCAAACAGCCUUGUUAUGCAGAUAUUUGCUCCAUCUCAAAUCCCAGCUCCAGUGUUUGUCCUAAACUACAAGCCUGAGACUGAUAUUUCACUCUUUUUGAUAUCUCCUAUUGGAGAAUUAGAUAUUUCACUCUUUUUGUGAUUUCACUGUACAGAUAUUGUGUUCUUGGUUUGUAUUAAAGAAACAUUUAUGAUAUACAUUACAGCUGUCACAGGGGUGAUUGUGCCCUUCCAUCUAUUAACAAAUUGUACAAGUUUUCUCCCA